AUGUGCGAUUGCGGGAUUGGACUAUGUAGUGCGCAGGGGACCUACAACGCCGUUACAGGGAACAAGAGGGGGUGGUCCGGCUCACAAGUCCGGCUCACGCGCCUCGAGCUUACCAUCUACCGCACUGAACACUUUCGCCCCCUCGCUCCCAACCCAUCCACGCUCGACCCGGCUGGUGCCAAGGCCAAAUCAACUGCCAAGGCUGGUGCCAGGGCCAAAUCAACUGCCUGGCUGGGAACAACCGUCUGGACGGCAUGCUCUGGCGACUCGAGAGCUGUGCUCGGCUACGUGCGCGACGGAGCGAUCCGGGCGCGGGACCACUCGGUCGACUGCAAGCCGGACUCGCCCGAGGAGUACGAGCGCAUCGUCGGCGCGGGCGGGGUCGUCUCGGGCGCGAGCGGCGCCUCGCCCGCGCGAGUGUGGGCCGACGGGCGCGUGGGCUUGGCGAUGUCCCGCUCCAUCGGCGACGGCGAGUGCAAGCGCUUUGGCGUCAUCCCCGACCCCGAGAUCAAGCGGUUCGAUCUCGGCGCCGCGCCUGCCAACACGCCAGAGGCCGACGGCGACCGCUUCAUCAUCGUCGCGUCCGACGGGGUGUGGGAGUUCAUUGACUCGCAGGCAGAACGGCCCACUGCACGCGGCGGACUCACACCAGAGGAGUGCUCGAUCUCAUCGAAGCCGGCGGCGGCUAGCUGA